UUCUGCCCUACAUUUCUAAUCCAUCCAUCCAUUUCUAAACCCAACCCACCAUGGCUGCCUCUGCAACCUCUCUCUCCGCCUUCUCUUCUCUCUCCCUCCGCAACCACCCGCCCACGCGCCUCCGCUCUCACCCCACCGCUCCCUUUUUCUUACUCACCCCCAAACCCUCCAGCUUUUCUCUCUUCUUCCCCGCCAACACCUCUAAGCUCACGCCCAUUAACGCCGGCUCCUCCGACAUUGAGACCACUUUCUUCGACAACGUAGACCCGGAUCAAGUUUUCACCUUUGACCCUCCAGCCCGACCGGAAGGCUAUGUUCCGCCGCCCUACUUCGAUGAAGCCGCGGAGGAAUCUGAGGAGGACAUUGCCCGGGCCUAUGAGGAGCUCUACGGACCCGCCUACAGUGGGGAGAGCUUACUGGGGAAUGAUUUGUAUGUUAUGGACUCUAAGGUGAAGAAGACAAUUGGGUUUGGGUCGGCUGCCAAGAAAGAUAGGCCCAAAGAUGGGUUUGAUGAGAGAGUGGUGCAGGUGAGGCGUGUGACCAAGGUGGUUAAGGGUGGUAAACAACUGCAUUUCAGAGCUGUUGUGGUUGUGGGUGACAAGAAGGGUCAAGUUGGUGUGGGUGUUGGCAAGGCAAAAGAAGUGAUUUCUGCUGUUCAGAAAUCUGCUUUGAAUGCUAGGAGGAAUAUCAUCACUGUGCCCAUGACUAAAUAUUCCACCUUCCCUCACAGAUCUGAAGCAAAGUAUGGAGCGGCAAAGGUGAUGCUUAGGCCUGCUUCUCCAGGUAGCGGUGUGAUUGCUGGUGGUGCCGUAAGGGUUGUUUUAGAAUUGGCGGGACUUCAGAACGCUUUGGGAAAACAGCUCGGGAGUAACAAUGCACUGAACAAUGCAAGAGCCACCGUGGAAGCGAUACUGCAAAUGAGACAAUUCAGAGAGGUUGCAGAGGAGCGCGGCAUUCCAAUGGAAGAACUGUGGAAAUAGAGAUCUACAACUUUCUUUUAAAAAUUAAAGUCUUUGUAGAAAUUGUUUUGUAAAACACUGAUCAUUGGCAAUUACUAUUUUUUGAUUUCUGCAGAAAUGAUAAUUUUUUAAAUUGAUAUGUAAAUUAAUUGUUGAUCAAGAAACUCAAUAACUUCA